AAAGCUUAGAUGCUGGGUGUGUCCAAGAGGCUAGAUCACUGAGAGUUCAUUAGAGAGGGCUUCUUGGAGGACAAGCUGAACAGGCUUUGGUGCAGGGGAGAGAUGUGACUUGGUGCAGUAUGAGGGUCUUGGGGAAGCACCAGAAAGAUGCACUUUAUAAUUUAACAAUCAUUGAACAACGUUAUUGUCAAGCCUCAUGCUGGGCACAGGAGACCUCAGUCUGCACGCAAGUUGCCUCCCUUGUAGUAGAGGAGGAGGACAAGAUAGGCAAAGCCGAUGUAGAGGGCCCAGGGUCACAUGGUCUGUGCUCUAGUUUCUUCCUGACCAACAACUGGAACCACCUCCAGAUGAAUGAAUUUUCCUGGAAAGAUGUUACCAAUGCCUCGUCCUUGGCCAACAUGAUCCUGGGGCUCUUCUCCAUCUUCUGCAGCUUCUACAAGAAAUCCCAGUGUGCCUCCUGGAUGCUUCUGAUCAGCUUCCUGUUAGACAUGGCAGUUGGGGCAAUGACCAGGCACCUCACCGUUUGCCACAGAUCAGGACCCAAGCUGAAUGACUUUGCUGUCUUCACCACCUUUGGCCUGGGCUCAGCCCUGCUCCUGGAUGUGGAUGGGCCUCUGAAUGGUUCCCUGGCCAUCAUUUAUGUGCUAGCUGCUUCUUUCCGCCUGUGCUUUUAUUCAACUGGUGUUCCUUCCACAUACAAGGGUCUGCCCUGCCCCUACGCUUCCUGUGUUUUGGCCUCCACCUCCCUGCUUACCAAAGGCAACACAUUCAUUCUCUCUUGCAUGGCCUUACUCAUGAUUCUAUUCAUGAUGGACCAGAGCUACUAUCCACAUGAUGAAAUCCUAGAGUCUGAGAACUGGAAAAAAAUGGUGUAUUUAGGAGGUGUCAUCAUGCUGUUGUUGUCUCCAUUUCGGCUAAGUGCUUUUUACUGCCUGAUAUGGUCACUCUCCUAUAUCUUCUUUCCAGAUGCUCUGUGGGGCAAGGCAGUGUGUCUUAGGCUACAGCUCCAAAGAAACUGAACAGCUCUGCCCACCCCCAUGGCCUCAUGUGAUUUGUGCUAGCAUGUUGGGCCAAGCUUUGCCUUCUCCUCACUAAAUCUUUCCUUGUCCCUAUAUUGUGUGUGCACUAGAUAUCCGUUGCCUUGAUCCAGAGCAAUCCACAAUGGGCCAGUGGCCCUCUCUCCCUCCUCUUUCCCUUGGGGACAGCAGUUGUUUAGGACCAAAGAACAGAGUUUUAUCCAAGCUAAAUUUGGGCCGGGUUUGAUUUCCAGUUCUGCACCCCCUGGGUGACCUUGGGCACCAAGGCAGAUCCCUUGGGAAGGACUGGUGUAGUCUCCACCUUGGCCCUGACCAAUCAUAAUUACUCUGGUGGUGGCGUGGGGUUCCUGAGGCAUUUCUUAAGCCUGAAGACCCGGGCUCUAUGGAGCAGAGCCAGUCACAGGACAGUCACAUUGCCCAGUUUGAGUGUGUGUAGGUUUUUUUAUAACUUAAAAUUCUGUAUUUCAACAGUCAAAGCUUCUGCCUUUUGCUUGGCUUCGAGAUUAGGCAUCCUGGCUGCUUGAGGGCAUCACCUGGAUUCCGGGAUCACAGUGUGUGUUUUUCCCAAGCUUUAAAAUACUGAGCUCUAGGUACUCAAAUGCCUCUUCAUAUUCUAAAAAUCCAAGUUGAAGAGAAAUAGAAUAUAUUGUAGGAACCCUGAAGUUGCACCUCACAAAGAACUUAGGCCCCCUGAGAACAGUGACCCCCCCAGCACUGCCUGCUUUCUGCCUCCAGGGGGUAUUCCAAAGGAUCGUGGGCUGGUUCCACCCCUUCCUCAAUAUGGCACCAGAGCACUUUUUAACCCCAGUCUAACUUCUCUAAACUCGUAGAACAAUGUAUAUGGCAAAUAUGCAUUAAAUCUAAAAUUAGAUUUGUGAAAAACAAAAAGCCCAUGAAGUCCACAUGGUUAUGAUUUGGCUUUAAAGGAACAGAGUGCCCUCUGCUUCCCCACUGCUCGCAGUCAUAUCUCUGUUGUACCAUUUCUAUUUUUUCAUGCUUACAUGAAUAUGUUUGUGUCCCACUGGACUUCAAGCUCCCUCAGUUUAGGUUUUUGUGUUUCUGCUGCCUACCACACUACCUGCCACUAAAAAAUACUUACUUUGUGGAUGAAAUGAUUUUUGUGUGCGUUCUAAUGAGUCAUGUACAAGGAGACUUUAAUGUAAUAAGAAUCUUACAAAUA